AUGAAGCAAUGGCAAGGAUAUUUUCAGCUUCUGUGGUAUCAGUUCACUUCAGGGGCCGUUCUGCGGCUCAAUAAACACCACGCAAAUACCUUAGCUCGUUUAUCCUCACUUCGAUCUUUGAAAGACAAAGAAAAUCAGGGCGAAGUCCAACAUGACACACGCAUCUAUGUCAAUCAGAGCACCAGGAAGGAGAGUGAAAAUGAUAGGGAAAGUGAUGAUGUUUGGGGAUUCAAAGACACUUCAUAUCGUGCCAACCCGGAUGGUACAGUGGAGGUGACGGGCUCUCGAUAUCUUCUUAGCGGCUGUACGCUGCCAUCUCUUUUACCUUGGGCCAGCGAUGUGCUUGGUGUCGAAGUACCAAGGCAGCCAAUGCUUCAGACUUUGGAAAUUUCCAUCCCAGAGCCUCAACAUAUCAAUGGCGAAUUCCUUGAUUCCCUUCGCCAAGUGGUGCUUCUUCGAGACGACCAAAUCAGCAGCGACGCCAAAAUCCGGAGGAGACAUGGUCACGGCCACACCCAAGAAGAGAUGUACGCCAUUAAGUACGGUUCUGGGCUUGCUCGGGUGCCCGACCUUGUUGUCUAUCCAGAGACUGAGUCUCAAGUGAUCGGAAUCGUUGAAGCAGCUCGACAAAAGGGAGUCUGUCUUAUCCCAUAUGGAGGCGGAACAAAUGUUAGCGCCGCGUUGAGAUGUCCAUCCAACCAAGAUGGUGAGAAUCGCGUGAUUGUCUCCGUUGAUACACGACGAAUGGACAAAAUUCUUUGGAUUGACCCUGUGAACCGUCUCGCCCAGAUCGAAGCAGGGGCAGUUGGAAGCAACAUUAUGGAAGCACUGGCAGAGAGAGGAUUCACCAUGGGUCAUGAACCGGAUAGCUGCGAAUUUUCGACACUGGGAGGCUGGAUUGCAACGAAUGCUAGUGGCAUGAAGAAGAACCGAUAUGGAAACAUUGAAGAUGUCGUACUUGACAUGCGGGUUGUCAUGCCCACAGGAGGUGUUAUGACCAAAGGUAGCAGCAGCGUUCACCCUCGAGAGUCUACCGGCAGCAAUCCUCUAUUAUCGACCUUUGGCUCAGAAGGCUCCCGGACAAUAAUACUGGCUCCGUUAAUUCACCAACCAUGA